AUGCGGCCCCUGGGACCCCUGUCCCAGCUGGUCGCCUCCGCCGCGGGCCUCUCCCUCGGGCCGCUCGCCUGCGCCCUCCCCCCCGCGGCGCGGCGCUUCGCGUCGGCGGCCGCAUGCGGCGCCCCGCGAUGGCUCUCCGCCGUCGCGGAGCCCCUGGGCGAUGACGAGCGGACGGGCCUGGCCAGCGUGCGGAACAUCGGCAUCAGCGCGCACAUCGACUCCGGAAAGACGACGCUCACGGAGCGGGUGCUGUUCUACACGGGCAGGAUCCGCGCAAUCCACGAGGUGAGAGGCAAGGAUGGUGUGGGUGCAAAGAUGGACAGCAUGGAUUUGGAGAGAGAGAAGGGCAUCACCAUCCAGUCAGCUGCCACAUAUUGCCAGUGGAAGGACAUUGACAUCAAUAUAAUUGACACACCUGGACAUGUGGACUUCACAAUCGAGGUGGAGCGGGCACUGCGGGUGCUGGAUGGCGCAAUUCUUGUUCUUUGUGGUGUCGGAGGUGUGCAGAGCCAGACGAUCACAGUAGACCGUCAGAUGCGUCGUUAUGCAGUGCCUCGACUGGCCUUCGUCAACAAAUUGGACCGUGCGGGUGCGGAUCCCUGGAAGGUGAUAGAGCAGAUCCGAAACAAGCUCAACGAGAACUGUGCAGCGGUUGAGAUACCUUUGGGCCUUGAAGACGACCACAGAGGCCUGGUGGACGUAGUGGGCAGAUCUGCAUACUAUUUUGAGGGUGCCAAAGGGGAGCAAGUCGUCAAGGCAGACGUCCCUGCCCACCUUGCUGGCGAGAUGGAGUCCAAGCGCACCGAGCUGAUCGAGAAGGUGGCUGAUGUGGACGACCAGCUGGCUGACCUGUUCAUCGGCGAGCAGCCGAUCGGCGAGGCAGAGCUUCGCGCAGCGAUCCGCCGUAGCACUGUGGCACGGACAUUCGUGCCAGUCUUUAUGGGCAGCGCAUUCAAGAACCGGGGGGUGCAGCUGCUGCUGGAUGGCGUGGCAGACUACCUGCCCAACCCGCUGGAGGUGGCAAACAAGUGCCUGGACGUCGAUGAGGGGGAGGCCGUGCGGGAGCUGCCCUGCCUGCCAUCGGGGCCGCUGGUGUGCCUGGCGUUCAAGCUGGAGGAGGGGCGGUAUGGGCAGCUGACGUACGUGCGUGUGUACUCCGGCACGCUGAGGAAGGGGGACUGGAUCGUCAACACCACGAACAAGAAGAAGGUCAAGGUGCCGAGACUUGUGAAGAUGCAUUCAGACGAGCUUGAGGACAUCGCUGAAGCAUCAGCGGGGGACAUCGUGGCCAUGUUCGGAGUUGAGUGCGCCUCAGGGGACACCUUCACAGAUGGGUCUGUCCGAUAUGCAAUGACAUCCAUCCGUGUGCCAGAUCCUGUGAUGUCCCUUGCCAUCAUACCCAAGUCCAGCCUUGUCACAGCCGCUUUCUCCAAGGCUCUGCAGAGGUUCAUGAAGGAGGACCCGACGUUCAAGGUGGCGCUGAAUGCUGAGACUGGUGAGACGCUCAUCAGUGGCAUGGGGGAGUUGCACCUGGAUGUGUAUGUGGAGCGGCUGAGGAGAGAAUACAAGGUGGACUGCGACAUCGGGAAGCCCAAGGUGAACUACAGGGAGGCCAUCACACAGCGGGGCGAGUUUGACUACCUGCACAAGAAGCAAAGUGGCGGUUCAGGGCAGUAUGGGCGCGUCAUAGGCUACAUAGAACCCCUUCCGGAGGGCAGUCCUAAUAAGGCAGAGUUUGAGAACAAGAUAGUUGGGAAUGCCAUACCUCCGGAGUUCAUCGCCGCUUGUGAGAAAGGCUUCUUGGAGGCUGUCAAUUCUGGGGGCCUCAUUGGCCACCCGGUUCAGGGUGUCAGGUUCGUCCUCAUGGACGGCCAGGCGCACACCGUGGACAGCAGCGAGCUGGCCUUCAAGUUGGCCUGCAUCUACGCCUUCCGCCAGGCCUUCUCCAAGGCGAAGCCCGUCAUCCUGGAGCCUAUUAUGGAGGUGGAGGUCACGGUGCCCAGUGAGUUCCAGGGCACCGUAAUUGGCGACCUGAACAAGAGGAAGGGGCUCGUUAAGAGCAGCCACCAGGAGCGCGAUGAUGUGGUCAUUCAGGUGGAUGUGCCACUGAACGAAAUGUUUGGCUAUUCGACGACACUGAGGUCUCAGACGCAGGGCAAGGGCGAGUUCACCAUGGAGUACCUGAAUCACGCGCCCGUCACGCAAUCCAUGCAGGCGGAGUUGACUAAUCAAUUCUCGAGGGCCAAAAAAUAG